AAAGUGUUCAAGUAUGAAGCUAUAUAUCGUAGGUGACUUGAAUGGAGGAUAUGCAAGCAAGUAACUAACUGGAAAAAAUAGAUCAACAAAAAUGGGAUCAUCGAUAAACAUCAUGCAUAUUUCCUCUUGUGAACUUCAGGAGCCUGAAGAGAACAUCACUCACAUGGAUGCUUCGCUAUAUAUGGCAGCAGCAAAGGGCAACAUUGAAGAAUUCAAUAAUAAACAGGGACUUCAACUUGAGUCGCUAAAGACCCGAAACCAUGACAACGUGCUCCAUGUUAACUUGGCAACCCACGAACUUGCUGCCUGGCUUUUUAACAUAUUUUUCUCAAUACUCAACUUACUCCCCAGAAAUUUUGUACUCGUCACCGUAAAAUCUGUUUUGCCCAGCGUAGAAUGUGUUCUAUUUAAUCCGUAUUUGAGAAAUUUCAUUACUAUGAUAAAGCGAGAAAAAAGAUCAGAUUUUAUCGAACAAAUUCUCAGCAAGUGUCCGUCACUGCUACUCCAAACGAAUGCUAAAGGUCAAACUCCUUUGCACGUAGCAGCAAGGUAUGGACGUUCUGCUAUUGUGAAACUUCUAAUCAAGUCUUGCGCAAAAUCUAGAGAUGGAGAUUUAGAGCUGGGAAUGGAUCAAGUAAGUGCAGUCAGGGAGAUGCUAAGGAUUAUGGAUCAGGAAUCCAACACGGCUUUACAUGAAGCAGCACGGUGUGGCAAUGUCGAAGUGGUGAAAGCAUUGUUGGAGUUUGAAGACCAUGAUUUUCCGUAUUCUGCCAACAAAAAACAGGAGACUCCACUUUACUUAGCAGCUAGGAGGAAAGGAUCUGGGCGCUUGUUGACUCUAUUAUUAGAAAAAUUCAAAUCAACUGCUCAUGGCGGCCCCCACGGUAGAACAGCUUUGCAUGCAGCAGUUAUGGCUGGAGAUGCAGGUAUGCUAUUGAGUUAGUUCCAUAUUUUUUUUUUUAAAAUUUGAAAUAAAUAAAGAACAGGUCUACUGACACAUUUUUUUUUUCUUUUUGCUUGGAUUUAGAGGCAAUAAAGGUAAUAUUAAAGAAGAAGGGGAAUUUGACAAAGGAAAGAGAUGAAGAUGGGUAUACCCCUCUUCAUUAUGCUGCACACUUAGGUGGUAAAUUCUCAGUUGUGGAAGAAAUGUUAAAAAGGGAUGUAUCAGCUGCCUAUGUAGGUGAUACAAAGAGGGGGAUGACACCCCUUCUUAUGGCAGCCAGGCAAGGUUAUCUUGUAACAGUUUCAAAGAUUCUCUCUUUAUGUCCAGAUUGUUGUGAAGAAGUGGACAACGAAGGUUUGAAUUUACUUCAUUAUCUGGUUUUUAGAGGCUAUGCCAAUCCAUUAGGGCUUUCUCUUUUCAAGCCCGGUGGUAAUGAGAUUGUAUAUGGAUCAGUCAAAAAUUUAAUGGAAUUAGAAGGUGCCUUAGGAAUGACACCUCAAGAAGUUUAUAAUGCACUUCGAUCUGAGAAAUAUCAU